GCUCCGGGCCGGCUACUGCAGGACGCGCACAGAUUUCUCUGCAGCAAGGAGCGCGUGUUCGUGGCCGCGCACACCUGUUCGUGGCCAGGGUCCCGCGGGGCCGGUCGCCACGCGCCGGCUGCAUCGCCCCACCGCAAGCUCCUCCCCCGUGGCUGCGUCCACCCGGCAGUGGCCGGGCACCAGCAGACGCCAGGCGUCGGCGGCGGCUACCCUGGGCCCAAGCGGCGGCGGAAAGGGGCGGGCGCACCUAUGGGCGCGACCGAGGCCGGAGGCACUAAGAAGAGCCCGAGGCUGCUGUCCGCGCUGCGGCGGUGGCGCGCGGGCCGGCGGCUGCGGAGGACGCGAUCGGCUCUCCCGGCGGAGCGGGGUGCCUCAUCUCCAGACAUGGAGCCCAGCUAUGGGGGAGGCCUUUUUGACAUGGUAAAAGGUGGUGCAGGGAGGCUAUUCAGUAAUCUGAAGGACAACCUGAAGGACACCCUCAAAGACACAUCCUCUCGAGUCAUCCAGUCUGUUAGCAGCUACACAAAGGGAGACCUAGACUUCACUUACGUCACCUCCAGAAUUAUCGUGAUGUCCUUUCCUCUGGACAACGUUGACAUAGGAUUCAGGAAUCAGGUUGAUGACAUCCGUAGCUUUUUGGAUUCCAGACAUCUCGACCACUACACAGUAUACAACCUGUCACCCAAGUCUUACCGAACUGCCAAGUUUCACAGUCGGGUCUCGGAAUGCAGCUGGCCCAUCAGGCAGGCCCCGAGUCUACACAACCUGUUUGCUGUGUGUCGGAAUAUGUAUAACUGGCUGCUACAGAAUCCCAAAAAUGUCUGCGUUGUCCACUGCUUGGAUGGACGGGCUGCGUCUUCAAUUCUGGUUGGUGCUAUGUUCAUUUUCUGUAAUCUCUACUCCGCUCCUGGCCCCGCUGUUCGAUUGCUCUACGCAAAGCGACCGGGAAUUGGACUAUCCCCGUCCCACAGGAGGUACUUGGGCUACAUGUGCGACCUACUUGCAGACAAGCCCUACCGCCCUCACUUCAAGCCACUGACGAUCAAGGCGAUCACUGUCAGCCCAAUUCCCUUCUUCAAUAAGCAGAGAAAUGGGUGUCGCCCAUACUGUGAUGUACUGAUUGGAGAAACUAAAAUAUACUCAACAUGCACAGAUUUUGAACGAAUGAAAGAGUACCGUGUCCAAGAUGGGAAAAUCUUCAUCCCCCUGAACAUCACAGCCCAAGGAGAUGUCAUUGUGUCCAUGUACCACCUGCGGUCAACCAUCGGGAGCCGGCUGCAGGCUAAGGUGACCAACACACAGAUAUUCCAGCUCCAGUUUCAUUCUGGAUUUAUACCACUGGACACAACGGUUUUAAAGUUCACUAAGCCUGAGUUGGAUGCAUGUGAUGUACCAGAAAAAUAUCCUCAGCUGUUCCAAGUGACACUGGAUAUAGAAGUACAGCCCCAAGACAAAGUGAUCGACUUAACUCCACCAUGGGAGCACUAUUGCACAAAAGAUGUGAACCCCAGCAUCCUCUUCUCCUCUCAGCAGGAGCAUCAGGAUACUCUGGCCUUAGGAGGUCAGGCUCCAGCAGAUCUCCCUCCAGACCAUCCCAGGAAUCUUGGGCAAGGUGGCUUCUUUGCCUCCCUCUGUUGGCAAGAUCAGAAAUCAGAGAAGUCGUUCUGUGAGGAGGACCACGCUGCCCUGGUGAAUCAGGAAAGUGAGCAGUCGGACGAUGAACUACUGACCCUCUCAAGCCCGCAUGGAAAUGCCAAUGGGGACAGGCCUCACGGAGCCAAGAAGCCCAGCAAGGAGCAGGAGCCAGCGGCCCCUCCUCCCGCGGAAGAGGUGGACCUUCUGGGCCUGGAAGGGUCUGAUGUGAGCACGAACUUCUCUCCGCUGGCAGCUCCUCCCAGCAAUUCUGAACUGCUGAGUGACCUGUUUGGGGGUGGAGGUGCCACAGGUCCUGCCCAGGUCGGGCAGGCUGGGGUAGAAGACGUGUUUCAUCCCAGUGGACCUGCGUCUGCGCAGUCCACACCACGCCGCGCUGCCACCUCCGCCUCCGCAUCGCCAACCCUAAGAGUGGGAGAAGGUACCACCUUUGACCCUUUUGGAGCCCCUGCUAAGCCACCGGGUCAGGAUUUGCUGGGCUCCUUUCUGAACACGUCCAGUGCUUCUAGCGACCCCUUUCUGCAGCCCACGAGAAGUCCUUCCCCUACAGUGCAUGCUUCCAGCACACCUGCCGUGAACAUCCAGCCAGAUGUUGCUGGAGGUUGGGACUGGCAUGCCAAACCAGGGGGUUUUGGAAUGGGAAGCAAGUCAGCUGCCAGCAGCCCGACAGGCUCAUCACAUGGCACCCCUACCCAUCAGAGCAAGCCCCAGACUCUGGAUCCCUUCGCUGACCUGGGCACACUGGGUAGCUCUUCAUUUGCCAGCAAACCCACCACACCAACGGGAUUAGGGGGAGGAUUUCCACCUCUCAGCUCACCACAGAAAGCAUCCCCCCAGCCAAUGGGUGGAGGGUGGCAGCAGCCAGCCGGCUACAACUGGCAGCAGACGCAGCCUAAGCCGCAGUCCAGCAUGCCUCACUCCUCCCCCCAGAACCGUCCCAAUUACAACGUGAGCUUCUCAGCUAUGCCUGCUGGACAGAGCGAACGUGGGAAAGGAUCUACCAAUUUGGAAGGGAAGCAAAAGGCUGCUGACUUUGAAGACCUGCUUUCUAGUCAAGGUUUCAACGCCCACAAAGACAAGAAGGGGCCUCGAACAAUAGCUGAGAUGAGAAAGGAGGAAAUGGCUAAGGAAAUGGACCCUGAGAAAUUAAAGAUCCUGGAAUGGAUAGAAGGCAAAGAGAGAAACAUCAGAGCCCUGCUGUCCACGAUGCACACUGUGCUGUGGGCCGGCGAGACCAAGUGGAAGCCCGUGGGCAUGGCAGACCUGGUGACGCCAGAGCAAGUGAAGAAAGUGUACAGGAGGGCUGUGUUGGUGGUGCACCCGGACAAGGCUACUGGGCAACCCUAUGAACAAUAUGCAAAGAUGAUUUUCAUGGAGCUAAAUGAUGCCUGGUCUGAAUUUGAAAACCAAGGCCAGAAGCCCUUGUAUUAAUUUGUGAGCUUUUCUAUGCUGGCUGCAGCCCUGUGUUAACGCUUAGUGUGUAUUACAGUUCUGAGAUUUUCACAGAUGAACCAAAAAUUCCAGUAAUGUAUUUCUAGUACUAAACUGUUAAGUUCCUCAUGAAUUCAUUUCUCAUGAUAAGAAAUGUGAAUGUUUGGUUUCUUGAAGUCCAUAGCACCAAGAACUCUAGCAAGCUGACCUUGCAGAGUUAUACAUUCCAGCCUGCCCUCUGGGAAGCCUCCUCAGCAUUUUGCCUGGGGAAAUGGGACCGAGGCCACCCAAGGCGAAGGCAUGACAUCCAUCUCAUUGUCUGAGACUAAGAUUUAUGAGUGGACGUUAUGAUAAUUGGAUUACAUAAUGGUUUUAAGGAAUUGAUUUAGGGAUAUUUUUUGUUUGUGUUUUGUUUUUAAAAGAUGUAAUUUGAGCAAUGCCUUUACACAAACUCCAAUAAUAUCACCAACCAAGUGUUUUUUUUUUAAUGGAAAUUUACUGGAGCCUUUCGCUCCUGUAGUGUGUUUUUUGAUCAAGAGUGGUAACCAUUAUAGAAGUGGCUAGACGGUGGGCUGUGAUUAUGCAGAAAUCUGGGCACUACCCCUAACUUUUCCUGGAUGAACUGCAAGCCCAAAUACAGGAUAGUUGAAGAGACCAGGAGGCUUGAGAUGUCGAAUCUCAACUUCCGUUCAGGACAUUGGGCUACUGGCUCCCUUUCCCUUAAAAAAAAAAAACCUGUGGUUGAUUAAAGAGAAACUUCGGAACACUACCACCACCACAACUCCAAACCUAUUUAAAAGCGCCUUCUAAUUGCUGCCACGAGGCUUAGUGCGCUUUCUUUUGCUUAGUCAAGAAACCAUUCUUCAUGGGCGACAGUUUGUAAAGCAGUUUGGCCCAUUCACAGUUGGUAUGGACCUGGUGUUCUGGUGGUCUGUAUCGAGCUAUGAGGAAAACAGAGAAGACAACACUGAGUGAGGAGAAGGGUUCAGUUGGGGAGAGAGCUGUGUGUAUCUUUGGAUAGCUUUGUCAGUUUGAGGAACCAGAGUCCCACCCACCCAGUGAAUCUGGACCCCCUGGAUUAUUUCCGCUGGGUUUGCUGUUGGAUGCCUGUGAAAAAUAUGCAAGAAUGAAGCUUUCCAGACCUCCAGCUGGUUGGAUUUUAGCCCAGUGUUCAGUGCUUCCUACUCUGCAGGGUAAGCAGCUUGUAUUGCUGGGACUUCACUAGGUCUCCUGGUGAGCACAUACGCAGCAUCUCUCUACGCAUGUAUGCAUAUGGACAUGUCUAAUGUGCACAUCCAUCGUCACAAAGCAGGCGGUCAAGAAGAUUUUCAUUUUAAUCUUAAAAGGUUCGCACUCACUGUUGUGAAAGGCUUUCAAAAAUUGUUUUCAAAGACAAUCAUUUUGUUUGUUUGUUUCUGUUUUAAUAUUCUUGUGACAAAUUGAAUGGGAAAAGCAGCAUGUCAGAAAUACUUUUGUUCUAUAUAGAUCUCUCUUUUCUUUCUCUCUGUUUUUUAAUUAUAAAAGUUCUUUUUUUUAUUUUACCUUUUAUGGAUAAUGUGAAAUUCUCAAAAAACAAUUGCUCUCUCUUAAGUAUACAGCUAUAAACUGUUCAAAGUAACCAUGAGAACCUAGGUGUUAUUUAUUAACGUAUUAUACGAUGAUGUCGUACCCAGUAUGUGCUUGUCCUAUUUAAGAUUGGGAUGUAAGACAUGUUGCUGUGACCUGUUUUGUUUUUUGGGGUUUUUUUUUGGUUUUUUGUUUUAUUCUUCAUUCACAUUUGUAGAUAUUGUGUGAACUACAGUAUAUAAUGACAAUAAUUAAGAGGAUAUUAUGUGGCUGUUACGUACAUUUUGAAAUGAUAGGACUAUAUUAGCUUUGUGCCAUGUUUGCAUAGCUCAUUAAUGUUCAUGGUUUAAAUACCACUAAAUGUUAUGCGACUAGCAAUGAAAAAGAACCCCUCCUUAAAUCUGGGGGUUUCCCACCUCUUUCCCAGAUGCAUUAUGAUUCUGGAUGCCUGUCUAUCUUAAAACUUUUAACACAUGCAGACCAAUAGGUUCUGCAUUCCUCUUAAAUACCUGGUUGUGACAGCUUGUUGUUGGUCAGAUCCACUGUCUCAUUCAUAUUUAUUGUAAUAUAUUUUUGUUUUGUAAAUACGUUAAACACAACAAAAUGUCAUUGUUCUAAAAUAUUUGUAAUGUAUAUUAAAAAGGAUAAAAAUA